AUGUGCAGCACAAAUAGUCUUUUGCUGCAGGUUACUCUGUUUGUGGCAUUUGUGUGCUUCACAGCAGCUUACAGACCAAAGUACAUCGCGGCGGCGACCUUGGAGUUUGUCAUCACACUGCUUCUGCUGCUGCUGUAUUUGUUCAAACUGAACAAGAGGCUGACUUUCUUCUUCUGGCCUCUCGUGGAUGUAUUUAACUCUGUCUUUGCCGCCUUCUACUUCACUGUCGUGAGCCUGGUUGCUGUGUCUACAUACACUGUCAGGGGCACUCUCAUUGGAGGGGUCGUGGGGUUACUGUCAGCUGGACUGCUGUGUGUGGACAGCGUCAUGCUUUUCAGGAACAUUACGUUCAACAAGCCAAUAAGGAAGGAGCCUCAGAGUAAAGAUGGAAAUUAAAUAUCUGACUUACAAAAAAUAAAUAAA